AUGGCACCACAGAAUACACUACCGCCAGAAAGCCAGUUCUACAUCCUAGAGUGGCUAAUGGAACCGCAAAAUGAUUCAAACGCUUCUAGAACUUGUCUCUCUAUCUGCGCUUGCGUCUGCAAACGCUGGCAACUGAUCGUGGAGCAACGAACGUUUCGCCAUCUCAUACUGCAUCCAUCUGAUAUUGAAGCCUUCGCACGCCUUGCUUGUCCUUACCGGAGAGGCUACAUCAAGCAUAUUCUCCUGGAGAUACCUAUCGAAGAUGCUGAUGAUAGGAAGCCUCGUGCCGACGCCCUAACAAACGAGGAGAAUGCCCUCAUUUUUACUCAGACAGUCCGGCAUCUUUGGGAGGUUCUUUCCGCUUGGAGGGACUACCGCGUCACUGUCGAACUCGGCAUUGUUUCGUCAUUCGAGAUAGGGAUGCAUGACGAUUACAGAAAUAUCCGCAGAGCGUAUUCCAGAUUCCUAGAGCAAGGCUUCUCUGAAGCCGCCCUUCCCGAUCCACAUCUGGAGCAUUUGAAACGCUUUGAAGAUCCUCCUACUGAUCCAUCGUGGUUGGAUGUGUGGAACUGGCAGAAAUGGAGGUUCCUGGGAACAACGCCGCUCGAAUUUGACUCUGGCAGACUUCUGGAUAGAGAAGAUCAAGAUGCGCCCCAUCUUCCCAAGGCGGAAGUCAUCACCCGCCUCCUCAUUCGUCGGCGAUACUUUCGGAAUAUCAGUGCAAAGGCUCUCUCUCAAAUAUUUAACGCUAUACCUUGCGUUGAAGCCAUUCACCUCGAGCGAUGGUGCUACGGCCGGAGAAGAGACGAUAGAAAACGGGAUAUGCACUCCGCAUUGAUUGGGUAUGAGUUACCGCAUUCACUAAAACAGUUCGGCUUCUAUGAAGAGUUCAGUACCAUGUACCACCACCGACCAGGGAAGAUGAGAAUACCACGAUCAAAUAGAAAACUGCUCAAGGCUAUGCUUGAAACCAGCCGCCACCUUGAGCAUCUCUCUGUCUCUUUCGCCAUUGAUGCCCGGGGCUUCUUUUCGCCCAACCCACAACUUGAUUGGAUGUUUCUGAAAACUAUUGCAGUGACAUCGGAUAUACUGGUGUCCCGUUCAAGCGCUAUAGUCAACGAACUGCUCGAGAGUGCAGCUAAGGCCGCAAAGAAAAUGCCCAAGCUUGAGAUACUUGAGAUUUGGUACUGCAAGACCGGAGAGGCUGGCAUUUUCCAAUAUGAGAAAUCGGAUAGGUCCGGCAACAUCAUCUGGCAGGGCACUUGGAGCUUUUACUUAUCGAAAGAAGUUGAAGAGGCCUGGCACGAGGUAUUUGCCGAGCCAGACUGGGGCCAGUAUGAGCUUGGAGUUAAGGUUAUCAACCUCGUACCUGAGGACUUCGCGAGUUUCGGAUCUGUGUUUUCGUACCUGAAGCUUACGAAUCAUAUUCUUCAUGAUGUCUCAUGGACCCAGGUUUAG